AUGUUUUUUUUUUUGAGACGUCACGUCAAAUGUCACUGACGUCACAAACCUAACCCUCUGUUAUGUUAUUUAGUGUAAAACCUUAAGAUAAUUUUGUUUUUGUUAUGUGAAAAUGCCAAAUAAUAUCGAAAUCAAUCAGCUUUUUUGUUUCAAAAGGUUUCCCGAAAAUGAGUUGAAGAUUUUGUGUCUAGUGCUUUACUUACCUGUUGGAAUAGUCCUGUUUAUUUUACGGACAAUCUUAGCUUUGAGUGUCGUUUUGAUCGGAUGUAGUUUAUCAGACACUCGGAUUAUCCAUAAACUUGUGAAUAAAAUUGCAUGUUUAACGUUAGGUAUAACAGUCACGGUAGAAAAUCCCGACAAAAAAGAAAAUGUAGAAGUGUAUAUUAGCAAUAACUUAUCGAUUUUUGACCAUUUGGCUGUCCAUACGGCUACAGGAUCGGUCUCACCCGGCGCUCAAAUGCACCCAGCCCUGGCUAGAGGCUUAGGAGUUCACUAUUUCGGUACUCAAACGAAUUUAGAAAGUUUUAAGAAAAACGUAGCCGACUUUUUAUCCGAGCAACAAAUCCCAGUACAUUUCACACCGGAAGAAAAAAUCACAAAUGGCAAAGCACUCCUAAAAUUUAAAAGCUACCCAUUCUCCCUGACAAAUAAAGUGCAACCUGUUUGUAUCAGCAUUGAACGCCCGUUUCUGGACCUGUCUGUUACAACUCUACGCUCAUCUUAUUGGACUGACGUUUUAUUUUACAUGUUUUCGCCUCUUACUAACUAUAAAUUGAAAUUUUUGCCUCCUCUUGAGAAAAAGUCAGUGGCGGAGGCUGAAUUUUCCGAAAUCGUACGCCAGAAUAUCGCGUCGGCCCUUAAGGUGGAAACCCCCGAAUUGACAGCUGCCGAUCUCUUAGAGUGGGAAAAACGCCAACUUGUUGAACAACAGAGAGCGCCACCUGUGCCUAGGCCAAGCGUUGAUAGUGAAGUCAGGAGAAUGGCGACACAAGUUAAAGAUGUGCUACCACAUGUGCCAUUAAACGCAAUUUACAAGGACUUGAACAAAACACGAAAUGUAGACACAACUAUAACGAAUAUCCUCGAAGGCCGAGUUCACUUUGUGCCAGAACAAAUUAGUUCUACCUCCAACAAUCCACAACCUUCCACAUCUGUAGCAUCUGGUACGAAAGCAUCGCCUUCGACUUCAACUACAAGUGAUAGGGAUUUGUUCAAUACAGCUGCUUCGUCUUUUGCCCGAUCUGCCCACGAGAGAAACAAGUCAUUUCAGGAGAGAAAAGAACAACUUAUUGCCAAUGCAAGGAGGCGAUAUAUUGAAAAACACGACUUAAAGAUACCGUUUUAGGAUGUUUGUUUGUUUUUGAUAAGUUUUUUUUUUUUUAGUUAAGUUGUGGAGUUUGAGGCACAUUUUCAGAAUUUUGGUUUAAGUUUAAGUUUGGCGAUUCUUUGCGGUUUUUACUACUUAAACUGUAAAUAUUGUUAUUUAUUUUUGGUUGCAAUACAAUAAACAUUUCAUUACACGCCA